CGCGAACACUCGCACGCAGUCACGACCCAACCACUCACUCGUGCACCCCGCGGACACGCGACAUACAUUACCCCGCGAAACACUUGACUCGCAACUCGCCUCAAGGAAGGAAGCAAUCAUCACCAGAUAAACAUCUCAGCAACAAUGGCAGAAAACGACUGGGGAUACAGCGGCGAGAACGGUCCUUCAACAUGGACGGAGAAAUUCCCAGAAGCUCGUGGCGCUCGCCAGAGCCCCGUAGAUAUAGAUACGUCGAGGAUAAGCAGUGGAGGAAGUGCACCACCCCUCAAGUUGAAGUACUCCGUCAACCAUCCCCGAUCUGUGGUCAACCCCGGCUAUUGCUGGAGGGUAGACGAGAAUGGAUAUGAAUCAGAAUUACGAGGUGGUCCUCUUGGCCAUGACGUGUAUAAGCUGCAGCAGUGGCAUUGUCACUGGGGCGCAGUCAAUGGUGAGGGUUCAGAGCACACUGUGGACGGCCGCUCCUUCUCCGGUGAAUUGCACCUGGUCCACUGGAACACCACAAAAUACAACAGUUUCCAAGAAGCUGCCGGACAGCCUGAUGGGCUUGCAGUACUAGGCGUACUAUUAAUGGUCGGUUCGAAGCAUGACGAAUUGGACAAAGUGAUUCGGUUGCUGCCGUUUAUUACGCAUAAGAACGACAAGGUGACACUGUCUGACCCCCUGGACCCCGUGAAGCUGCUCCCGCCGCAGUACGCGUACUGGACAUACCCUGGAUCCCUCACCACCCCACCUUGCACAGAAUCCGUCACUUGGAUCUUGUUCAAGCAGCCAGUUGAAGUGUCCGCUGAUCAAUUGGCAUCGAUGCGGAAACUGAAGUGCGGGGAGGCGUCGUGCGGCACGGAGGCCAUGGAGGUCCUGCACAACUACAGGCCCACGCUGCCGCUCGGCAACCGCGAGCUGCGCGACUACGGUUCGGGCAACUAACAGCGCCACCACCACACCACGCGGAAUCACGAUUCAAUCAGACUCAGCGCUGCGAGAGCGCAGCUGCUCCUGAAACUAGUGCCUCUAUUCGCAUUCCGGCGAGCUAAUCUAACGGAAGACACGUGGGCUACGUAACUCUUAUGAAUGGUGCCUACGCAAUUUAGUAAGUUCCGUAGGUAUAACACGAAUCUCGUCAUAGCUAUGUAUGUAGAACCUAGUUAUAGCUGUAAGAGAAAAAUAAUCUCGGUGCCUGAAGGCGCCUCUUGUGUUCUCACACCUUAAAACCAAGGAAAAAAAUAUGUUACUUUAGAGAUUCGAUGCGUAGUUCUUCCUAUUUGGAUUUCAAACAAUAAAACACAUUCGCAUUUAUCACGUUAAUCAAGGUAACCAUAUCUAGUACAUAUUAGGUAUAUGACUAUGGGAGUUGAGAUGUGUGUGCAUAAGUUUAUAUGACUGCAGCUUACCUGUGCAAUGUGCAUGUACACUGUAGCCACGAUUACUUAGUUAUCAAGUGCCUCUACAAGUUAAUAAUCGAAUGUUAUUUAUAUUGAAAUUUAUAUUAAAUGAAAUAUAUAAAUAGCAUUUAUAAUUACAAUUUAAGAUCACAUACUUACAUAAUAAGAUAAGCAAAUUGAAAAUGUAUUUAAUGAUAUUUUUAAGACAUUGUGAAUCAAAUUCAUAAUAUUAUACUUAGGUACCAACGGAGGUACUAACGUAAUUAAAAUUUAUAGCAAUUAACGUAUGUGUAUAUUAAUUUUAAAAUUAAUUUUCUUUACCUUUAUUACAUUGAUACUGAAAAUACUGAGAAAUGAAAUGGAUCAAAUGAAACAUUUUAACGCCCAUACUGGGGUGUGAGUGAGAUGGCAUUAUAUUAGAUGUUUUGUCGCGGUUUCCUUCCAUUUUCUUUUUCAGUUUGCUAGUUCCAAAUCUGGACACGUGGCACUGUCCAAUCUUAAAACAUUUCCCAGCUAUAGACGGGUGUAAGUAAACGUCGAUAAUAUUUAAUCUUCUGAACUAAGUUAAGAUUGACAUGAAAACCUUCCAUUGAUAUGUCUCGAAUAAUUAAAAUGAUCGUAGAUAUUUGUAUUAGAUCUACCUACUCUUUUAUUUUAGUCACCCCAAAGACAUACAAGAUCUGUAGUUACAUUUGAUCCAAACAAAUAAUAAUUUCAAUUUAUGCUAGGUCACUGAUCUCUUUCUUUUAACUGAGUUAAAAGUAGUGGCAGGCUUGUCACUAGGUAGGUCGACUGUGGUCAAACAGUGUCUUGACUGAACAACUUACAUAAUACGUAAAUAAGUUAAGUAUUGUAUGUACCUUAAAACAAGAGUGCCUCAAAUGUAUAAACGUCAUAGUUAUGUUAACUGGGACGUCAUACGAUAAAUUUUAAUGUAUUUAUGUUAUUAAUAAAUAAGGUGUCGAUGAAGCUUAAAAGCAAUGUACACAAUAAACAUAAUAU